UUGAGUUGGGAGAAGUUGGGAGCGGCUGGGGCGCGCCCCGGGGUGGGCACGGGGAAGUCGUCGGGAGCGCGCCAGGGCGCCGGAGGACCGGGAGAGACCCCGAGGCCCCCGGGGCACGAAGUCCAGAGCGAGAGGGUUAUGCCUCCACCUUGUUGCUCUGAAAGCCGCAGCGACAGCGAGAAGGGCUAAGAUUUGGCCAUGAGCAGCGCCCCCCGGCGCCCCGCCUCGGGCGCAGAGUCUUUCCGCACGCCAGAGCCAGAGAGCUUGGGCCCUGGGACACCUGGGUUCCCAGAGCAGGAAGAAGAUGAACUUCACCGCACCCUGGGCGUGGAGCGCUUCGAGGAAAUCCUGCAGGAGGCCGGAUCUCGUGGAGGGGAGGAACCAGGCCGCAGCUAUGGGGAGGAAGACUUUGAAUACCAUCGUCAGUCCUCCCACCACAUCCACCACCCACUGUCCACCCACCUGCCCCCGGACACUCGCCGCCGCAAGACUCCCCAGGGCCCGGGACGGAAGCCUCGAAGGCGCCCAGGAGCCUCCCCAACCGGGGAAACCCCCACCAUUGAAGAGGGGGAGGAAGAUGAGGACGAGGCCAAUGAGGCUGAGGGGGCCAGGGCACCUGCUGAGCCAUCAAUCAUCUUGCCUUCUUCGGUACAGUUCUUUCUCCAGGAGGAUGAAGGUACUGAUCGGAAGGUGGAGCGGACCAGCCCAUCUCCACCUGCACUGCUGCCCCACCAAGAGGCAGCUCCUCGGGCCACCAAAGGGGCCCAGACGGGAGUCCCACUGGAAGAGGUGGUGGCGGUGGCCAGUGCCACAGCAGGAGGUGACGAUGGGGGUGCUUCGGGGCGCCCCCUCACCAAAGCCCAGCCUGGACAUCGCAGCUACAACCUUCAGGAGAGGAGGCGCAUCGGGAGCAUGACCGGGGUUGAACAGGCCCUGCUCCCUCGUGUCCCCACAGACGAGAGCGAGGCCCAGACGCUGGCCACAGCUGAUCUAGACCUCAUGAAGAGUCACCGGUUCGAGGACGUUCCUGGGGUGCGGCGGCACUUGGUGCGGAAGAAUGCCAAAGGGUCAGCCCAGAGCAGUCGGGAAGGGCGUGAGCCUGGCCCCACGCCUCGAGCCCGUCCUCGGGCCCCCCACAAGCCCCAUGAGGUAUUUGUGGAGCUCAACGAGUUGCUCCUGGACAAAAACCAGGAGCCUCAGUGGCGGGAGACAGCGCGCUGGAUCAAAUUUGAGGAGGAUGUGGAAGAGGAGACGGAGCGCUGGGGGAAGCCUCAUGUGGCCUCGCUGUCCUUCCGCAGUCUGCUGGAGCUCCGCCGGACCCUGGCGCACGGGGCUGUGCUCCUGGACCUGGACCAGCAGACCCUGCCUGGAGUGGCUCACCAGGUGGUAGAGCAGAUGGUCAUCUCGGACCAGAUCAAGGCUGAGGACAGAGCCAACGUGCUGCGGGCCCUGCUGCUGAAGCACAGCCACCCAAGUGACGAGAAGGAUUUCUCCUUCCCCCGCAAUAUCUCGGCUGGCUCCCUGGGCUCCCUGCUGGGCCAUCACCAUGGUCAGGGGGCCGAGAGCGACCCUCACGUCACCGAGCCGCUCAUCGGAGGCAUUCCAGAGACCCGACUGGAGGUGGAACGAGAGCGUGAGCUGCCACCUCAGGCCCCACCAGCCGGCAUCACUCGCUCCAAGUCCAAGCAUGAAUUGAAGCUUCUGGAGAAGAUCCCGGAGAAUGCUGAGGCAACUGUGGUCCUUGUGGGCUGCGUGGAGUUCCUCUCCCGCCCCACCAUGGCCUUCGUGCGGCUACGGGAGGCCGUAGAACUGGAUGCGGUGCUGGAGGUGCCUGUGCCUGUGCGCUUUCUCUUCCUGCUGCUGGGUCCGAGCAGCGCCAACAUGGACUACCAUGAGAUAGGUCGCUCCAUCUCCACCCUCAUGUCUGACAAGCAAUUCCAUGAGGCAGCCUACCUGGCAGACGAGCGGGAUGACCUGCUGACCGCCAUCAACGCUUUCCUGGACUGCAGCGUGGUGCUGCCGCCCUCAGAGGUGCAGGGCGAGGAGCUGCUGCGUUCUGUCGCCCAUUUCCAACGCCAGAUGCUCAAGAAGCGUGAGGAGCAGGGCCGGCUGCUGCCUCCUGGGGCUGGGCUCGAGCCCAAGUCUGCCCAAGAUAAGGCGCUCCUGCAGAUGGUAGAGGCGGCAGGUGCAGCUGAAGAUGAUGAUCCGCUGCGGCGGACAGGCAGACCCUUUGGGGGCCUCAUUCGCGAUGUGAGACGCCGCUAUCCACACUACCUGAGUGACUUCCGGGAUGCACUUGAUCCCCAGUGCUUGGCUGCCGUCAUCUUCAUCUACUUUGCUGCUCUGUCUCCAGCCAUCACCUUUGGAGGGCUGCUGGGAGAGAAGACGCAGGACCUGAUAGGAGUGUCAGAGUUGAUCAUGUCCACGGCGCUGCAGGGGGUCAUCUUCUGCCUGCUGGGGGCCCAGCCACUGCUGGUGAUCGGCUUCUCUGGACCUCUGCUGGUCUUCGAGGAGGCCUUCUUCUCGUUCUGUAGCAGCAACCAGCUGGAGUACCUGGUGGGCCGUGUGUGGAUUGGCUUCUGGUUGGUGCUCCUGGCCCUGCUCAUGGUGGCCCUGGAGGGCAGCUUCCUCGUCCGUUUCGUCUCCCGCUUCACCCAGGAGAUCUUUGCCUUUCUCAUCUCCCUCAUCUUCAUCUAUGAGACAUUCUACAAGCUCAUCAAGAUCUUCCAGGAGCACCCACUCCAUGGCUGUUCAGUCUCCAACAGCUCAGAGGUGGAUGGCAGCGAGAAUGUGACGUGGGCUGGGGUGGAAACCACUCUGGGGCCAAGCAAUAGGAGUUCAGCCAGACAAUCUGGGCAGAUAAGACCCCGGGGCCAGCCCAACACAGCCCUACUGUCACUGGUGCUAAUGGCCGGCACCUUCUUCAUUGCCUUCUUCCUGCGCAAAUUCAAGAACAGCCGCUUCUUCCCUGGCCGGAUCCGGCGGGUCAUCGGGGACUUCGGGGUGCCCAUUGCGAUCCUCAUCAUGGUGCUUGUGGAUUAUAGCAUUGAAGACACUUACACCCAGAAAUUGAGUGUGCCCAGUGGAUUUUCAGUGACAGCUCCUGACAAGCGGGGCUGGGUCAUCAACCCCCUGGGAGAGAAAAGCCCCUUCCCUGUGUGGAUGAUGCUGGCCAGUCUGCUGCCCGCCAUCCUGGUCUUUAUCCUCAUCUUCAUGGAGACACAGAUCACCACGUUGAUCAUUUCCAAGAAGGAGCGCAUGCUACAGAAGGGCUCCGGCUUCCACCUGGACCUAUUGCUCAUCGUGGCCAUGGGUGGUAUCUGUGCUCUAUUUGGCCUGCCCUGGUUGGCUGCCGCCACUGUCCGCUCCGUCACUCAUGCCAACGCGCUCACUGUCAUGAGCAAGGCUGUGGCGCCAGGGGACAAGCCCAAGAUUCAGGAGGUCAAGGAGCAGCGGGUGACUGGGCUCCUGGUAGCCCUGCUUGUAGGCCUUUCCAUUGUUAUUGGGGACCUGCUCCGGCAGAUCCCCCUGGCUGUGCUGUUUGGAAUUUUCCUGUAUAUGGGAGUCACCUCCCUUAAUGGGAUUCAGUUCUAUGAGCGGCUGCACCUGCUGCUUAUGCCGCCCAAGCACCACCCCGACGUCACUUAUGUCAAGAAGGUUCGAACCCUCCGGAUGCACUUGUUCACAGCCCUGCAGCUGCUCUGCCUGGCCCUGCUCUGGGCAGUCAUGUCCACAGCUGCGUCCCUGGCCUUCCCCUUCAUCCUCAUCCUCACAGUGCCUCUCCGCAUGGUGGUGCUCACCCGCAUCUUCACUGAGCGAGAGAUGAAAUGUCUGGAUGCUAAUGAGGCGGAGCCGGUGUUUGAUGAGCGGGAGGGCGUGGAUGAAUACAACGAGAUGCCCAUGCCUGUGUAGCUGCUGCCUGGAGGGACAGAGGGAACAGAGGCUGAUGGGAUGCAGCCCCUAGGCCCUCCUUGUUUUUAUUUAAGUGAAUAAUUUAAAGCCUCCUCCCCUGCCCCUGCCCCUGCCCCCACAGUAAAGUGCUUCAGCUGCCACCUA